AUGAAAUAAAAAAACAAAACAAUAAUAAUAAUAAUCAUGAUAAUAAUAAUAAAUAAAAAAAUGAUAAAGAUAAUUAUAUUAAAAAAUAAAAUAAUGACAAAUAUAAAAUUUUUUAUAAUAAUAGCAAUAACGAAAAUGAAAAUUAAGUUGAUAAAAUUAAUAAUAUUAAUAUUAAUAAUAAUAAUAAUAAUAAUAAUAAUAAUAAUAAUAAUAAUAAUAAUAAUAAUAAUAAUGAUUAUAAUGAAAAUAAUAAUAAUAAUGAUAAUUAUAAUGAUAAUGAUGAUUAAAUUGAUUAUCUUAAAAGUAAUGAUAUUUAAAAUAAUAAUCAUAUUAAUAAUAAUAAUUAUAAUGAUAAUUUUUAUAAUAUAGAUAAUUAUAAUAAUAAUGAAAAUUAUAAUAUUAAUGAUAAUAAUAAUAAUAUUGAUACUGAUAUAAAUUAUAAUAAUGAAUAUUUUAAAUUUAACAAUAAUAAUAAUUAUAUUAAUAAUAAUAAAGUUGAUGAUAAAUAUAAUGAUAUUAAUAAUUAUAAUGAAAUAAUUAUUGAUAAUUAAAAUCAUAAUGAUAAUGAUAAUUAUAAUGACUAUGAUAAUGAUAAUAUAAAUGAUGAUGAUAAUUAUAAUGAUAAUGAUAAUGAUAAUGAUAAUGAUAAUGAUAAUGAUAAUGAUAAUGAUAAUGAUAAUGAUAAUGAUAAUGAUAAUGAUAAUGAUAAUGAUAAUGAUAAUGAUAAUGAUAAUGAUAAUGAUAAUGAUAAUGAUAAUGAUAAUGAUAAUGAUAAUGAUAAUGAUAAUGAUAAUGAUUGUAAUAUAUACACAAAAUUUAAUGAUAAUAAUUUCAAAUAUAAUAGUUCAUAGUAUUAGAUUGAAUAUAAUAAUUAAAAUAAUAAUAGAUGUUAAAAUAAAACGAAGAAAUGCUUUAAAAGUUAAAAAAAUGUUUAUGAAAUUAUUUAUAUUGUAAUAAGAACAAGGGAAUAAAAAGAAGAAGACGAUUAUGAAUAAUAAGAACAAUUAUAUUAAUAUGAAGAUGAUGAAAACUAAUAGUAAGGAGAAGAAUAACAUUAUUAAUACUACUAAUAAUAAUAGUUCUUAAAAUAUUAAUAAUAGUAAGAUUAACACUAAUAUUAAAAUUAGGACUAAGAUUAAAAUUAAGACUAAGAUUAAAAUUAAGACUAAGAUUAAAAUUAAGAUUAAAAUUAAGACUAAGAUUAAAAUUAAGAAUAAGAUUAAGAUUAAGAUUAAGAUUAAGAUUAAGAUUAAGAUUAAGAUUAAGAUUAAGAUUAAGAUUAAGAUUAAGAUUAAGAUUAAGAUUAAGAUUAAGAUUAAGAUUAAGAUUAAGAUUAAGAUUAAGAUUAAGAUUAAGAUUAAGAUUAAGAUUAAGAUUAAGAUUAAGAUUAAGAUUAAGAUUAAGAUUAAAAUUAAGAUUAAGAUUAAAAUUAAGAUUAAGAUCUAGAUUAAGAAGAUGAGGAAUAAUAAUAAGAUAAUGCUAGGUAGAAGAUGA